GCACCGCCGGGUCUUUCCCGGCUGGAGCUUUUUCUGCCAUACACGCUCCUCCUCCUCCUCCCAGCCUCCCCUUCCCCGCCCCCAGCCCGCCGCCGCGGCCGAGACCAGCGUGUGGCCUCGGCUGAGGGAGCUGUUGGUGCCUCGUGCUCCUGGGGACGGCGCGUGGCCCCUAGCCAUGGCGAUGGAUCAAGUGAACGCGCUGUGCGAGGAGUUGGUGAAAGCGGUGACGGUCAUGAUGGACCCCAGCUCCACCCAGCGCUACCGGCUGGAAGCCCUCAAGUUUUGUGAAGAAUUUAAAGAAAAGUGUCCCAUCUGUGUUCCCUGUGGCUUGAAGUUGGCUGAGAAAACGCAGAUUGCCAUCGUCAGACAUUUUGGCCUUCAGAUCCUGGAACACGUUGUCAAGUUUCGGUGGAACAGUAUGUCUCGGUUGGAGAAGGUCUAUCUGAAGAACAGCGUCAUGGAGCUGAUUGCAAAUGGAACAUUGAACAUCUUAGAAGAAGAGAACCAUAUUAAAGAUGUCCUGUCUCGAAUUGUGGUGGAGAUGAUCAAGCGAGAGUGGCCGCAGCACUGGCCUGAUAUGCUGAUGGAGUUGGACACACUUUCCAAACAAGGGGAAACGCAGACGGAGUUAGUCAUGUUCAUCCUUCUGCGAUUGGCAGAGGAUGUUGUGACCUUCCAGACGCUCCCGCCUCAGAGGAGAAGGGACAUCCAGCAAACAUUAACCCAGAACAUGGAGAGGAUCUUCAGUUUCCUACUUACCACACUUCAAGAGAAUGUCAACAAGUACCGGCAAGUGAAGACAGAUACUACUCAGGAGGCAAAGGCUCAAGCAAACUGUCGAGUAGGCGUGGCAGCACUGAAUACACUGGCAGGCUACAUCGACUGGGUGUCCAUGAGUCACAUUACAGCUGACAACUGCAAGCUCCUGGAGGUACUGUGCCUGCUUCUGAAUGAACAGGAACUUCAGCUGGGAGCAGCUGAGUGUCUGCUCAUCGCAGUCAGCAGAAAAGGCAAGCUGGAAGACCGGAAGCCCCUGAUGGUCUUAUUUGGAGACGUUGCCAUGCAUUAUAUACUUUCUGCUGCACAGACUGCUGAUGGAGGAGGCUUGGUAGAGAAACACUAUGUGUUCUUGAAGCGACUUUGUCAGGUGUUGUGUGCACUGGGCAACCAGCUGUGCGCAUUGCUGGGUGUAGAUUCUGAUGUGGAAACACCAGCGAACUUUGAAAAAUACUUGGAAUCUUUUCUGGCAUUUACAACCCACCCAAGUCAGUUUCUACGAUCUUCAACUCAGAUGACUUGGGGAGCCCUCUUCAGGCAUGAGAUACUAUCUCGAGAUUCUUUGCUAUUAGCAAUAAUACCAAAAUAUCUUCGUGCUUCUAUGACUAACUUGGUCAAGAUGGGUUUUCCUUCUAAAACAGACAAUCCGAGCUGUGAAUAUUCUCGAUUUGAUUUUGACAGUGAUGAAGAUUUCAAUGCUUUCUUCAACUCCUCCCGAGCCCAGCAAGGAGAGGUGAUGAGGUUGGCGUGUCGUUUGGAUCCCAAGACAAGCUUCCAGAUGGCUGGGGAGUGGCUAAGAUAUCAGCUGUCAACGUCUGUGGAUGUUGGAUCCAUGAACUCCUGUUCCACAACUGCGACUGGGGAAGGAGGCCUCUGCUCCAUCUUCUCACCUUCGUUUGUGCAGUGGGAAGCCAUGACCUUUUUUUUGGAAAGCGUCAUCAAUCAGAUGUUCCGAACACUAGAUAAAGAAGAAAUUCCUGUUGAUGAUGGUGUGGAGCUGUUGCAGAUGGUUCUGAACUUUGACACCAAGGAUCCCCUCAUCCUGUCCUGUGUCCUCACUAAUGUAUCAGCACUCUUCCCCUUUGUCACCUACAGACGAGAUUUCCUACCCCAGGUCUUUUCAAAGCUGUUUUCGUCAGUCACUUUUGAAACUGUUGAAGAAAGUAAGGCCCCCAGAACCCGGGCCGUGAGGAAUGUACGGAGGCACGCGUGUUCCUCCAUCAUCAAGAUGUGCCGUGACUACCCUGAGCUUGUGCUGCCAAAUUUUGACAUGCUUUAUAGCCAUGUGAAGCAGCUCCUCUCCAAUGAGCUGCUCUUGACACAAAUGGAGAAAUGUGCCCUCAUGGAAGCCCUGGUUCUCAUCAGCAACCAGUUCAAAAACUACGAGCGUCAGAAGGUAUUUCUGGAGGAGCUGAUGGCGCCUGUGGCCAGCAUCUGGCUCUCAGAAGACAUGCACAGAGCGCUGUCAGAUAUUGAUGCUUUUAUUGCCUAUGUGGGCGCAAAUCAGAAAAGCCAUGACCCUGGCCUUGAGGAUCCCUGUGGCUUGAACCGAGCACAAAUGAGCUUUUGUGUGUAUAGCAUUCUGGGUGUUAUGAAACGAACUUGCUGGCCCACCGACCUGGAAGAGGCCAAGGCUGGGGGUUUUGUCGUGGGUUAUACACCCAGUGGAAAUCCAGUCUUCCGGAACCCCUGCACAGAGCAAAUCCUGAAACUUCUUGACAAUUUGCUUGCCCUCAUAAGAACCCACAAUACUUUAUAUGCACCGGAAAUGCUAGCCAAAAUGGCAGAGCCUUUCACUAAGGCGCUGGAUAUGCUUGAAGCGGAAAAAUCAUCUAUAUUAGGAUUACCUCAGCCUCUCCUGGAACUCAAUGACCAUCCUGUCUACAAGACAGUUUUGGAAAGGAUGCAGCGUUUCUUCAGCACCCUGUAUGAAAACUGCUUCCAUAUCCUAGGGAAGGCAGGCCCUUCCAUGCAGCAGGACUUCUACACUGUGGAGGACCUCGCGACCCAGCUCCUCAGCUCCGCCUUUGUCAACUUGAACAAUAUUCCUGACUACCGUCUCAGACCCAUGCUCCGAGUCUUUGUGAAGCCACUGGUGCUGUUCUGUCCCCCCGAGCACUAUGAAACACUGGUGUCCCCCAUCCUUGGACCCCUGUUCACCUACCUGCACAUGAGGCUUUCCCAGAAAUGGCAAAUCAUCAACCAGAGGAGCCUCCUGUGUGGAGAAGAGGAGGCUGCGGAUGAGAACCCAGAGUCGCAGGAGAUGCUAGAGGAGCAGUUGGUGAGGAUGCUAACCCGCGAAGUCAUGGAUCUGAUCACCGUGUGCUGUGUUUCCAAGAAAGGAGCUGACCACAGUGCUGCCACUCCCGCAGAUGGAGACGAUGAUGAGAUGAUGUCCUCAGAGGUGACCCCUUCAGCUACAGCAGAGCUCACAGACCUGGGCAAAUGUCUGAUGAAGCAUGAGGAUGUGUGCACAGCACUGUUAAUCACAGCCUUCAAUUCCCUGGCCUGGAAGGACACUCUGUCUUGCCAGAGGACAACCACCCAACUCUGCUGGCCUCUCCUCAAACAAGUGCUGUCUGGAUCUCUGCUCGCCGACGCCGUCACAUGGCUCUUCACCAGUGUGCUGAAAGGCCUGCAGACACAUGGGCAGCACGAUGGCUGCAUGGCCUCCCUGGUCCACCUGGCCUUCCAGAUAUAUGAGGCACUGCGCCCCAGGUACCUGGAAAUUAGAGCCGUAAUGGAGCAAAUCCCUGAGAUUCAGAAGGACUCUCUAGACCAGUUUGAUUGCAAGCUUUUGAACCCUUCCCUCCAGAAAGUGGCUGACAAGCGCCGGAAGGACCAAUUUAAACGUCUCAUUGCUGGCUGCAUCGGGAAACCCUUGGGAGAACAGUUCCGAAAAGAAGUUCACAUUAAGAAUCUUCCCUCCCUUUUCAAAAAGAUAAAGCCAGUGCUGGAGACAGAGGUGCUGGACAGCGAGGGGGGCAGCCUAGCCACCAUCUUUGAACCCUGAAUCAAGCUUUUGGGCAUCCUU